GUUCCAAAGUCCUGCUCGGGCUGAAGACUGGAAGCACUUGUUCAGCUCUCUUACAAAGGAGAAUAUAGAACAAACGUCCCUGCAUAAAAAAUAGAAAAUGUAUCUUCCCUGGGUCCGGAUUGCUCUCUGCCUGCUCUGUCCACCUGUGGUUUACGGCGGGAAGGUCCUUGUUUUUCCGUUGGACGGAAGCCACUGGGUGAACAUGAACGUCAUCAUCGAGGAACUGCACUCAAGGGGCCACCAGGUUUCCGUUGUGCGAUGGUCAGACAGUUGGUACAUCAAGGAAACCUCACCUUUCUAUUCUUCAAUCACGCUCGAUUCGGAGUCUGGAUACAAUGAAGACUUUUUAAGUACUUUUGUGGCCCAGUUGCUGAAAAUCCAGAGGGAGGGGAAGUCUGUUUGGACACGUUUUAAACUGGAAAUGGAACAAGUAGAAAAGGUGCUUGAGCUGCAUGAGAAAACGCGUAAAAUGCUUGAGCUGCUUUUUGAAAACAAAGAACUUAUUCAGUCGCUGCGAGAUGCAAAUUAUGACCUGGUCCUUGCAGACCCUGCUCUACCAGGUGGGGUCAUUCUGGCCCACUACCUCAGGCUGCCUCUUGUUUUCAAUGUCAGGUGGACUAGUCAAGGUGAAGGCCAUCUUUCAAUCGCUCCUUCUCCUCUGUCUUAUGUUCCAAUGACAGGGACCGAGCUUUCAGAUAAGAUGAGCUUUCUCCAGAGACUUCUUAAUGUUAUUAUUUUUGGUUUCACAGAAUUUCAAAUUGCACGUUAUGUUAUACCAAAUUAUGCCGGCUUGAUUGAUAAAUACUUGGGUCCAGAGAUGGACUUCAAAUCCCUGUUUCAAGCAGCAGACCUGUGGCUGAUGAGAGUGGACUUUGUGUUUGAGUUCCCUCGGCCCACCAUGCCUAAUGUUAUCUACAUGGGAGGCUUCCAGUGUAAACCAGCAAAGCCUCUUCCUGAACACUUGGAGGAGUUUGUGGAGAGUUCUGGAGAGCACGGGGUCAUCAUCAUGUCUCUGGGGACUUUGAUUGGCGAGCUUCCCCAUGACCUAGCCAAUGAGAUUGCUGCAGCUUUCGCCAGAUUAUCGCAGAAAGUCAUCUGGAGAUAUAAAGGCAACAAGCCGGCCACUCUGGGCAACAACACUUUAAUAGUAGACUGGAUGCCACAGAAUGACCUUUUAGGACAUCCAAAGGUGGCACUGUUUGUGGCUCAUGGUGGAACAAACGGCGUUCAAGAAGCCAUCUACCACGGUGUUCCUAUCGUAGGCCUUCCCCUCAUUUUUGAUCAGCGCGAUAAUCUGUUAAGAAUUGAAGUAAGAGGAGCAGGGAAGGUAAUAGAUAUUUUUAGCAUGACUGAGGAAACCUUCUUUCAGGGUAUUCAGGAGGUGUUGAAGGAUCCCUCCUACAGGAAGAACAUGCAGAGGCUCUCCAGGCUGCACAGAGAUCAGCCCAUGAAGCCGCUGGAUACCGCCCUCUUCUGGAUGGAGUUUGUCAUGAGGCACAAAGGUGCAGCUCACCUGAGAACAGAGUCCUACAGGAUGCCCUGGUACUCCUACCACUCCGUGGAUGUGAUUAUCUUCUUAGGUGGAGCUGUGCUGAUAAUCAUAUGCACUUUAGCUGCAUUGAUAAGGUGUUUAUGCUGCGUGUGUUUGAGAAGAAAAAGUCAAUGUGAUUUGAAAAAAUGUAAGUAGAAAACACAAUGCAAUACGACUUUAGUAUAUAAAGAACAUAUUGACUCAAGAAUUACUGUUAUUCAAUGUGGUUAACUGA